AUGGAUUUAAGGGCUCUUGACGAUCCCCAGCCCCUCGAGGUCAGUUCUAUUGAUGAUAUUCACGUUUUGGCGGGCUGGGAGCACUGGCUGAAGUUGUCUUUUUCGACGCCGGACCUCCACAUCACGCGCGGCUGGAGCCUCGUGUCCCGGGCCACGGAGGUCGCCUUCGAGGCCCACGCCCGAGCGCUGCGGGGCCCCGUGGUUUACUCUUUCCUGGACGCAGACAGUCUUCCUGAGCCCGAGGCCCUCGAAAUGGCAUUAAAAGGAAAAAGAUUUGCAUGCAACUGGACCCAAAUUGCUUUUCCCACGGGGGCCCUCGAGGCCCCCAGGGCCUUCGCAGCAAGCCCCGCGGGCUCCUUCCGAGUCCUUCUUUGCAAACUCGCCACCGGCAGCACUUUGCCCCACCACGAGGCCGAAGGCGAGGGGGAUUUUUUCACGCGGGAGAUUCCUGCGGCUUACUCUUCUUUGGCCCUGGUGGAGUCUUCGCCGGCGACAAAUGAGUCAAAGCAAGCCAGUCUUUAA